AUACGCUUGGUCCACUCUGAAUACAGUCCGCGAGGAUUUGAGUGUCCAUCAUCCUUUCAUGAGCUUCCAAGGUCCUCCCGCACAACGGGUAUAAUGCGGAAACCCACGACCAUGGCCAUCACACGGCUACAAGACACCAAUCCCCCAUUCUCUCAUCCUCAUGUCUUCCUUCAACGCUUCCAACGUGGACCUCAGCACGGCCAGCAAGGAAGAUGUCCUUUGCUAUUUGGCCCUCUCUGAAAAUGACUACAAUGGCCACCUCGGAGCGCGCAUCUCCUCCAUUUUUGUGAUUCUCUUUGUUUCCACUGCCUUUACCUUCUUCCCGGUUAUCGCCAAACGAAACCCAGGAUGGAAGAUUCCGCACAGCGUCUACCUCUUCGCUCGGUAUUUUGGUACUGGGGUUAUCGUGGCGACAGCUUUCAUCCAUUUGCUGGAUCCCGCAUACAGCAGCAUUGGUCCGAAUACCUGCAUUGGCAGUUCUGGUCACUGGGGAGAUUAUUCCUGGUGUGCUGCCAUUGUUCUGGCGUCGGUCAUGAUUAUCUUCCUGAUGGACCUGGCUGCAGAAGUAUAUGUUGAGCACAAAUACGGCGUUGAACGAGACGAGUCGGCCACGAAUGCAUUCCUCACUUCCAACCUCCAUGCUCACGCCAGUGCCUCUGACGAGAGACCGACACCAACGAGGAGCAAAAGCAACGAAUUUUUCUCUGACGAUAGUUCGAAUGCAGAGCGAUCAUUCCGGCAACAGAUUGCCGCCUUCCUGAUCCUGGAGUUUGGCAUCAUCUUCCACUCUGUCAUUAUCGGUCUGAACCUAGGCGUCACAGGCGAGGAGUUCGCUACCCUCUACCCGGUUCUGGUUUUCCAUCAAUCGUUCGAAGGACUGGGAAUUGGUGCGCGGAUGUCUGCUAUUCCAUUUGGUCGACACAAAUGGCUUCCUUGGGUAUUAUGUCUGGCAUACGGACUCACUACGCCUAUUUCCAUUGCCAUCGGGCUGGGCGUGAGGACGACAUACAAUCCGGAUUCCAAGGUCGCCCUGAUCGUUCAGGGUGUUUUGAACGCGAUAUCAGCUGGGAUUCUGAUCUACAGCGCGCUGGUAGAGCUGCUGGCGAGAGACUUCUUGUUCGAUCCGUGCCGGACCAAGCGUCGGUCUCAAUUGUUGUACACGGUGUUUUGUAUGUUACUGGGCGCGGGUAUCAUGGCAUUGAUUGGGAAGUGGGCAUAA